ACCAAAGGAAAUCGCGCUGUAGAAGGAGAGGUGGAGGGAGAGGAAAGUCGGGCAGCUCGAGCUCUCCCGGAUUUCCACCUGACUGCUCGGGAAGCGGGACACUGGGACAGGCAAAAUGUUGAGUUUGGGGAGCGGAGGAGCGAAGUCUACUAAACCGUCGUUUGUGUCUUAUGUUACACCCGAGGAAAUAAAAGCGGAGAAAGACCCUCCAAAGAAAGAGAAACAUCCUGAUUUGCUACCAGGUGAAGUGGAGUUCUGUAGCGCCAACCCCAUUCUCAAAUACUCUCAAGAUGAUCUCUCCCAGCAUGGUGUCUUUGGCACAUUGUUCUGCACCAAUUUUCGUGUUACGUUCAUUAGUGAUGAGACACCACAGGAGAAGACGGCCAAGACCUUUAAGAACAAACUCUAUGGAGAAAAAAAUGACAUUCCAUUAAUGUGUGUGGAUCACAUCUAUGGUGUUUAUGAUGAAAAGAGAAAACUGAUAACAGGAGGCCUUGUGAAGAACAAAUAUCCAUCCAAAAUGAUCAUUCACUGUAAAGACCUACGAGUCUUUCAGUUCUGUCUAACAUUCACCAAGGAGGAAGAUGCCAAAAAGAUCUUUCAGGGUAUUGCUCACCAUUGUUUGGAGGAGAAAUCUCUGAAGUGUGUCUUUGCCUUUUCCUAUAUGGGGACACCAAGCCCAGAAAUGCUGCGGAAACAGGAGACAAUUAUGUUUGACUCACCAGAGGACUGGACCCAGGAAAUGAAACGGACAAAAGCGAACUGUAGAUUAGUCAUUGAAAACAAGAACUUUGAACUCUCUCAAAGGUUACCGAAGUACUUUGUCAUCCCAUUAGCAAUAGGGGAUUUAUUCAGCUACCAAGGAAAGGGAUUACCAAUUUGGUGUUGGUCUCAUUACAGCGGUUGUGCUCUCUUCAAAGCGUCUUUCCCGCCUGUGACACAGGAAGAUGGGGAUUUCCAAAAGCACUUGGAAACAAUGAUAAAUGCAGUUGCACAUAAUUACCUUUACUCUGUAAAAACAGAGGACCUCUCAGAAUCACUUCCUAAUAUCCAAGACAUCCAGCAGUCAUAUAACAAGUUCAAACAAUUCUUUCUUAUCGAAAAUUCAACCGAUUUUUGGUUGUCAGAUGUGAAAUGGUUCUCUUCCCUUGAAAGCUCAGGAUGGCUAGACAUUAUUAGACAAUGUCUCCAAAAAGCAGUAGAGGUGGUUGAAUGUCUUGAAAAGGACAACACAAAUGUUCUUAUAACAGAGGAAGAGGGAACAGAUCUGUGCUGUGUGAUCUCCAGUCUGGCUCAGAUAAUGCUGGACCCUUAUUACAGAACACUGAUGGGUUUCCAGAGUCUAGUGCAGAAGGAGUGGGUGGCUGGUUGCCAUGCCUUCCUGGAUCGAUGUAAUCACCUCCAUCAGAAAGACAAGGAGUGUCAUUCUCCAGUCUUCCUCCUGUUCCUGGAGUGCGUGUGGCAGCUUGUUCAGCAGCACAGCCCAGCCUUCCAGUUCUCCGAGACUUACCUAACUGUGCUGUCCGACAGUGUUCACGUGCCAAUCUUUAGCACAUUUCUUUUUAACUCUGCCCAUCACAGAGAAGGUGUUAUGAAGGCAGAGUCACCGCUUGCACAAAGCGGCCCAUUGAGCUGCCCUACAGUGUGGGACUGGUCUGUGCAGUUUGACAGCAAGGCCCAGAAUUUCUUCUAUAACCCCCUGUAUUCAGAAAAGGUGAAACAUGAGAAAGCUGUACGCAAACCUCACAAGCCUAAGCACCAAAGACAGUUAUCCUUACCCAGUACAGCUUUCAAAACCCCACUGAAGAAAGGUUUCUUUAAGGACGAGACCGACAGCCUUAAAAAGAUGCUACAAGUGAAGCGUCUCAGUCGCUGGAUGGGCUCUCCUGACUCCCCCGCUGCCACUACCCGAGAGUUCUACGAGUCCUGGCAGCACCGUCCUGUGGACUAUCACGGCCUCCUGCUCCCCUGUCUGGACGGACCGGCUGUCCGUGUCUGGAUGCAGCGCUACCUGCGCUGGAUACCUGAGGUGUACAUCCUGGGCGGAGGCUCCGUGGCAAUGACGACCAAGCUUAUGGAACUUCUAAGUCAGGUGCAGGAUCUGAAGCGUGUGCUGGAGCAAAGAGACACGUCACAAGCUGCUAAAAUUGAUCACCGUCCAUACAUUCAGCACCGGCUGCUCUCGUUUGGCUCCUCGGGACGAUUGUCAUCCUCAUUUCCCUUCGCUUACACCCGCAACCGAUCUUUCAAGCCCAUCAUUCCUACAGGUCUGAUGCAAAGACUUAUGGUAACUGACAGCCUAGCCAGUCAGGAGGAUGAGGCCAGUUCGGUUGCGAGUUUUGUUUAACAGAGAAUCUAUUUUCAGCCAUAUAUUAAAUAUUCGUCCAUUUAUUAUUAAAUUAUAAUAUUAUGAAGUAAAUACGGGAUUAUAGUGGCCUUGUCAGAUUCAAAUUAGGUGCUUAAAGUGCCUUUGGUGCUAAAGCGGGUCCUUUUGGAAAGUAAAACAGGCUUUUGUCAAACCACAUGUGCCCUACUGUAUCGAAAAUAUAAUACGAGCCUUCAGACAGGAUGUAAGCUCUUUUAUUUUUGAUGUUCUUCAUGGAACAAUGCCUAGAAUUGUUCUCUUGCUCAUCACAACACAGGAACAGGAUAUAGCCCUGAACUUCCAGCCUUUCCACAGUGCAGUGUUACAUAAAAUCAUUACCAAGUAACAUUCCAAACAGUAUUCCAUUCCAGUGGUCUAUGAAUAGAUUAAAUUAUCCUGAAUAAUAGCAACCAUUAUAAGAGUUACAAAUACAUUUGACUUCCACACUUCUCUGACUUCUCACAUAUUACUGUACUCAGAGGGUUGGAAAAAGGCCGCUGCAGUUCUUAAAGCAUGUUUUCUGUAUCUAAAGAAGGUUAGCCAAGGAAAAUAGUGUAGAGCCAUCUACAGGUAUAUUAUUGUUACUGCUGCAUUUAAAAUUUAUUCAAGAUUAGAUUAUACUCACUGUGGUCUGAUGUGACUGCUCAUUUCUUUUCCCUAGAUGCCAAGUCAACCUUCGGGUUUAUAAAUGUUUUUUUUCUUCUUAAGAAAA